GCUGCGGCCGGAAACGAGUUAAGCCGCUCUCAGCGAGCGCCGCCUGCACUUCCGGGGACGUGAGCCUAGCUUCCCUGUAGGCGGCGCGGGAGGGAGAAGUUUGCAGGGCCGUGCUGGGAAGAUCACCUCCGCUCCCAAUGUGAGCAGUUUCCCGAACGCUCUUUCGGAGAAGGUUUCCCAGAGAGGUGGUGGACGGGAACAUGAGGCGGCGUCUCCUCAUCCUGACCACUUUGGUGCCUUUCGUCCUGGCACCCCGACCUCCGGAGGAAGCAGGCUCUGGCUCCCAUCCGCGACUUGAGAAGCUUGAUUCUUUGCUCUCAGACUACGACAUCCUCUCCUUAGCUAAUAUUCAGCAGCACUCCAUAAGGAAAAGGGAUCUACAGUCUGCGACACACUUAGAAACAUUACUAACUUUUUCAGCUUUGAAAAGACAUUUUAAAUUAUACUUGACAUCAAGUACCGAACGCUUUUCACAAAACUUGAGAGUCGUGGUGGUGGACGGGAAAGAAGAAAGCGAGUACAGCGUGAAGUGGCAGAACUUCUUCAGUGGUCACGUGGUUGGUGAGCCUGACUCUAGGGUUCUAGCCCACAUAGGAGAUGAUGAUGUUACAGUGAGAAUCAACACAGAUGGGGCAGAAUAUAACGUAGAGCCACUUUGGAGGUUUGUCAAUGAUACUAAAGAUAAACGAAUGCUGGUGUAUAAGUCUGAAGAUAUCAAGGAUUUUUCACGUUUGCAGUCUCCAAAAGUAUGUGGUUAUUUAAAUGCAGAUAGUGAAGAGCUGCUUCCAAAAGGGCUCAUAGACAGAGAGCCAUCUGAAGAGUUUGUUCGUCGAGUGAAGAGACGAGCUGAACCUAACCCCUUGAAGAAUACUUGUAAAUUACUGGUGGUAGCAGAUCAUCGAUUUUAUAAAUACAUGGGCCGUGGAGAAGAGAGCACCACUACAAAUUACUUAGGCUACAUUUCAGGCACUCGGGACAGAGUGACGACCGACUGCUUUUUAGAGUUUUUGAUAGAGCUAAUUGACCGAGUUGAUGACAUAUACCGGAACACGUCGUGGGAUAAUGCAGGGUUUAAAGGGUAUGGAGUGCAGAUAGAGCAGAUUCGAAUUCUCAAGUCUCCACAAGAGGUAAAACCUGGUGAAAGACACUUCAAUAUGGCAAAAAGUUUCCCAAACGAAGAGAAGGAUGCUUGGGAUGUGAAGAUGCUAUUAGAGCAAUUUAGCUUUGAUAUAGCUGAAGAAGCAUCUAAAGUCUGCCUGGCUCAUCUUUUCACGUACCAGGAUUUUGAUAUGGGAACUCUUGGAUUAGCUUACGUUGGUUCUCCCAGAGCAAACAGUCAUGGAGGGGUUUGUCCAAAAGCUUAUUACAACCCAACUGUGAAGAAAAACAUCUAUUUAAAUAGUGGUCUGACUAGUACUAAAAAUUAUGGCAAAACUAUUCUCACAAAGGAAGCUGACCUGGUUACAACUCAUGAAUUGGGACAUAAUUUUGGAGCAGAACAUGACCCUGAUGGGCUAGCAGAAUGUGCCCCAAAUGAGGACCAAGGAGGAAAGUAUGUCAUGUAUCCCAUAGCUGUGAGCGGUGACCACGAGAAUAAUAAGAUGUUUUCAAACUGCAGUAAACAGUCCAUCUACAAGACCAUAGAAAGUAAGGCUCAAGAGUGCUUCCAGGAGCGCAGCAACAAGGUGUGUGGCAACUCCAGGGUGGAUGAAGGAGAGGAGUGUGACCCGGGUAUUAUGUACCUGAACAACGACACCUGCUGCAAUAGUGACUGCACACUGAAGCCGGGUGUGCAGUGCAGUGAUAGGAACAGUCCUUGCUGUAAAAACUGUCAGUUUGAGACGGCGCAGAAGAAGUGCCAGGAGGCUAUUAAUGCUACAUGCAAAGGAGUGUCUUACUGCACAGGGAAUAGCAGUGAGUGCCCCCCACCCGGAGAUGCUGAAGAUGACACUGUGUGCUUGGACCUUGGCAAGUGCAAGGCUGGGAAAUGCAUCCCUUUCUGCAAGAGGGAGCAGGAGCUGGAGUCCUGCGCAUGCGUUGACACUGACAACUCGUGCAAGGUGUGCUGCAGGAACCUUUCUGGCCCGUGUGUGCCGUACGUCGAUGCAGAGCAAAAGAACUUGUUUUUGAGGAAAGGGAAGCCAUGUACAGUAGGGUUUUGCGACAUGAAUGGCAAAUGUGAGAAACGAGUACAGGACGUAAUUGAGCGAUUUUGGGAUUUCAUUGACCAGCUGAGCAUCAACACUUUUGGGAAGUUUCUGGCAGAUAACAUCGUUGGGUCUGUUCUGGUUUUCUCCUUGAUAUUUUGGAUUCCUUUCAGCAUUCUUGUCCACUGUGUGGAUAAGAAACUGGACAAGCAGUAUGAAUCCCUGUCUCUGUUUCAUCACAGUAACAUUGAGAUGCUGAGCAGCAUGGACUCAGCAUCUGUUCGCAUCAUCAAGCCCUUUCCUGCACCCCAGACUCCAGGUCGUCUGCAGGCCCUGCAGCCAGCUGCCAUGAUGCCGCCAGUACCUGCAGCUCCAAAACUGGACCACCAGAGGAUGGACACCAUCCAGGAAGACCCCAGCACAGACUCACAUGCAGAUGAUGACGGUUUUGAGAAGGACCCCUUCCCCAACAGCAGCACAGCUGCCAAGUCCUUUGAGGAUCUCACAGACCACCCAGUCACCAGGAGCGAAAAGGCGGCCUCAUUCAAGCUGCAGCGUCAGAGCCGAGUUGACAGCAAAGAGACAGAGUGCUAGUGGGGAACCUUGGCCUGCUCUAGGACAUAUACCUGCAGAUGUUCCAUAGAGCUGACCUGAAUCAAAACAUAGAUUAUAAUGAUCUGAGAAACGGGGAAGCAACUUAGCAGAUGCUGGUCAUGUGCUAUGACCUUCACAUGACAUCCUAUGUAUGUAGGCCCUUUGAAGAGGUGAGGUAAAUCUGGCUUAUGUAAGGCUUUCAGGUUUUGGGUUUUUCUUUUAUAAUCUAAAAUCUCCUUUGACCUGUGGUGCAGAAGCAGAAAGUAAGGCUGGACCCCGUUCCUGGUGACAGUGCUGUUAAGUCUUCAGUCUGUUUUUCUGUACCCUCUGACUACAGUGAAGCACUUAACAGUGAGGAUAACUGGAACACAGACAUACUUGUUUGUUUGUUUUGUUUUUGUUUUUGUUUUUUUUUUUUUGACCCUCAACUAAAAGAGGAGCAAGAGAAACCUGCUUGUAUGUUGUCUCCAAAUGCGGCCUGUCUUGGCACUGAAUUCUUUGUAGAUGGAGAGACCUGCCUACACUUAGGGCCAUCUACAUUAAGAGCAGUCCUUUCCAAGAGGAACAGUUUAUAGAAACAGCCACAUGAACUUCGAGAUGGCCUAUUAACUGUUCAGCCCCAGAUUCACUGGGCAGUUUUUCCAUUUUACAAAUGUGUCGUCUUUAAACUGUUUGCCUUAAAAAAAAAAAUCAAUAUUGGGCUGGAGAGUUGGCCCCACAGUUAAGAGCAGUUGGUCUCAUUCUCAGCACCCACAUGGUGGCUCUCAACUCUGUAACUCCAAUCCCAGAGGAGAUGACAUCUUCUGAACUCUAGGACACGAGGCAUACAUUGGUGCAGGCAAAACAAAGCCAAGUGCUGUAAAAUGUGGCAAUAACCACAAAACCUAUAGUGCCUCACAGUAUGGACUGAGUGGUGAAUAGACACUCUUCCCAGAACCACUUCUGGACAGGCCGGGAUGUGCUGGCUGGCUAGGAAGAGGGGGUGGGAGUGGGAGAGUGGUGCUGCCAUCGGGGCCCAGCCCUAGAAGAACUGACCUUCAGUCUCGGCAAGUAGACACCCACGUGACCUCUGGCUCUGGUGCUUCAAGAUGUUCUGUACUUACUGUGUGAGGAAUAAAUGCCAUUAGCCUGAAUUCUGAUUUCUAUAAAUUCUAGUUAUAAAUGCUCUUUUCUUCUAAGAAUUGCAGUGUGCUCACAAGCCAACACAUUUUAACCAAGAUAAUUUGUAAACUCUGAGGACAGUUAACCAAGCCUGUGCCUUGUCUCUCCUGAGGACGCCUGUUACACUAAUACUUGAAUAUAUACCUUGUGGUAUUUGCUCUUUUUACUAGUCAUGAUAGUCUUGUAUUUUAAUUACACUUUGAUGAUUUGCUAUAGGGAGAGUGGGGUGUGUGGGUAUAUGUAUGAAUGAAACAGUUGGCAGAAUAUAAGAAAACCAUUUUUAUAAAAUUGUGACUUUUUAAACCAAAAUUGUCUUAAUUGUAUUACUUUUUUUUUCUUUGGCAUGUACAGAAUUAAUAAGAUGCUCAGGGCAUAUUCUAUAGCUGUGGCAUUGAUGAUACCUGCCUCAGUCAAUAAAUACUGAAUAUCAAAGCAGUGGAUUGCGUAUAUAACAUUUCCCUGAAAAAUAAGUUAGUAGGUUUUUUGAUCAAUAAUCAUGAACAGAAGUUAAGCUUGGAAAAGACAUUUAAUCAAUCUCUUGAUGUCUGUGAAUUACUAAUAAAGCUACGCACAUGUUCACAGAAUGUUUGUGGCUACCAACAUGAA